AUUACAACGGAUGACAUUAUAACAACAGAUGUUAUUACAACUGAUGACAUUACAACCGCUGUCACGAUGACUGACGCAAGUACCACUACGGCUGCUUCUACAUUGGCUGCUACAACGGAUACAACGACGGAUCUGGCUCAGACUAGCAUUGCCGGCACAACAACUGAAGAUGCAACUACAUCAAAUAUCGUAACAACAGAUGCAACUGAGAUCAUUACUGUCAUCGUCACCAGUGCGAUUACCAUGGGUGCUUCUACACUGGCUGCAACAACCACGAGUACCUCUACCACAGCUGAUCCCGAUGUAGUUGAAAGUUCGAGUGGCACAGACUUUUCAUUCGCUUUCCCGGCAAACGCUCUGCAAUCGGCUAACACAAACAACUCCCUCAUUUUUACGACGACAUCAUCCUCAACGGUGUCAGUGGAAGUGACUGGUGACAUGUUCCAUUCUACAUUUACGGUGGACUCUUCUGAAGAAUAUGUUCUCAGUAUCGAAGGGAUACCACUCUCGGUCGGCCAAGGGGUUCAAUCUAGUACGGUGACUAUUGUAGCAAGCGAUAAAAUAGCUGUGCGUGGUAGGUCUGUGGAUGGGAUUAGUAUUGAGGAGUUUACUGCAAUUUCAAACACCGGUCUGGGCACUGAAUAUGUCAUAGCUAGUUAUCCUCCUCUGGCUACAGGCGACUAUCACUCAGAAUUCACACUGACCACUGGUGAUGCUAGUACAACCCAUGCUACUAUCCACUUCUCUCAGGAUGUGGAGUACGAAGGAGACGUGUACAACAGCAACAAUCCACUAGAGCUAGAUUUGACAAGCCAUCAAACCGUCCAGUUCCAGAGUUUGACGGAUUUGACGGGGUCCUUCGUAUCCACUACUGAACCUGUGUCAGUCGUGUCUGGUGAUAGCUGCGCAAGGAUUCCGGUAGAUGUAGAAUUCUGCAAUUACCUUGUGGAACAACUGCCACCCGUUGAGCGGUGGGGAAAGACUGUGGUUUUCUCGAGUUUUAGAGGUCGUACAAGUGGAACUAUUAUCCGCAUCAUUGUAAGUCACAGUGGUGCCAACGUGCAGGUCCGAUCUGGAGUCCUUUCCACACGAUCCUUUUCUCCAUCCAGCUCUGGCUUCUUGGACGUGGACAUCGGUUUAAACACUGACCCAAUCGCUAUUCAUGCCGACAAUCCGAUACUGGUCUUGAUGUAUCAGAAAAGCGUCUACACAGACGAUGCCGGCGAUUCAUCCAUGACAAUCGUGCCAGCUGUAGAACAAUGGACAUCCGGAGAAGUCUCAUUCUUUGUGGUUGAUCAGCAGAGUACCGAGGCUCAUGAUUACAUCAGUGUAACCAUUGAAACCGACAAUGAUCAAGGUCUCGUGAUUGACAGCAUCAGCUUGGGAGCUCUCUCUUCAAGUAGUGUUGAAGUCCUAAGACAUGCCGGCUACACAGUCUUCAGGGUGGAAAUCGAUCCUGGUUAUCAUACACUCCGCCACGUAGACGAGGAUGUCAAGUUCAGCGUGAUCGUUUACGGGGAUGAUGUGUACAACAGCUAUGCCUACCCCUCCAGAUUUGAACUUCCUGUGACUUCUUAAUUUGUUAUUCCAACAACCUCAAAUAAAAUUACGUUCGAAAAUUACUUUCGUAUUGGUUAAAAAUAUAUGCUUAUUAUCAAGGUUAUUUCUCACUUUUGUAUCAAUUAUUUAACCAAUCAAAAUAAUAUUUUGUUGAAUUUACUUUGGAGACCCCAUAAUUAUGUUGAACAAACACAAAUAUAUAUAUAUAUAUCACAAAAUGAAAUAACAGACUAGUUUGAUUUUGCCUUUUAUAAGUAAUGGGUUUCGUCUGUGACCAGAGAAUGCCGAGAUGUCGGGGAAUGGCCCACCUAAAUUGAUAUUCUUUUUACCCAUUCCAGUAUAGCUUGAGCACGGAAGAUAUUGAUAUUUGAAACUUAAUUUUCAGUUUCAUAUCGAAAAUUUAAUUAAUUCUUUAUCUCUCUAGGAGCAAUGGAUGAAACCUACAGACAAUAAAUGAUUUGAUAUAAACAACAAGUCCUGGGACGAUCGAGCCUUUGCUCAGGCCGGACCAGGCCUGUUGUAUCCACUACCACAGGGGCCGAAGUACUAAAAUUCUGCAGCAUCCUUUAAAGGCAACCUACAAUUGCAUUUUUACACCAGCAGGUACUAGGUUUGAAGACAAAAAAAAUUUGUAAUGUGCCUGUUCCUGAACUUCUCUUUACUUUUUUUGUGUUUUUGCUCUUUUCUCAGCGCCUUGAGCAUUUAAUCAAAAUGGAUAAGACGCUAUAUAAAUCCUAUGUAUUAAAAUUAUCAUUCAAUUUUCAAACGAUUUGAUAGAAUCUCAGAGUAACAUUGACAAAAAAAAAAUUGCGAUUCACCAGAGAUUACUGAUGUACCUUAAAUAUCUGAAAAUAAAUCGUAGUUAUAGCACUUAUCUAGAAAUCCAUCUCGGAAAGACUUUGGCAUCUUAAUAAAAAGUUAUAUGAGUCACUGAUGUAUUGACACAUACCUGCGACCGUUGUUCCCCAAUAAAUUCAAAUGUAGGUAUAUCUAUAAAAAAAAAAAUCCAUACCUGUUCUUU